GCUAGCCUACUCUCUUUCUUUCUCCUCCCUUUCUUAUAUGAAGGAAAGCUAAAAGAGCAGCAUUUUAAUGUCCCAACAACCUCCUUUAAGCUUGUAGCAAAAGGGUUUUCCAGUUCUUCUGUUUCACAGAACCAAAGAGCCAAAAGUUUCAGUUUUUACAUCUCUUCUCUUUUUCCCCCUUCUGUUGUUUAAAGGAUGAAUAAACAAGAUGUCAUGAAGAUGCAGAAAUGGGUUCUCAAAGUGAAUAUACAAUGUAGCUGUGAGGGGUGUAAGCAGAAAAUAAGGAAGCUAUUGCAGAAAAUUGAUGGGGUGUAUACCUGUAGCAUAAAUGUAGAUCAAGGGAAGGUAACAGUGACCGGUAAUGUUGAUCCGGCUGUGCUCGUCAAGAAGCUGCAGGAAUCUGGGAAACAUGCACAGCUAUGGGGUGGGGCUCAAAAGGGGGGUUCUAAUAUUUUUCCCAACCAGUUCAAGAACAUGAAUAUGGAUGGUGGCGGCGGCGGCGGCGGCGGAAAUAACCAGCAGAAAGGUGGGCAGCAAUUUGUGUUACCACAGCAUAUGCAGCAAAUGAUGAAAGGGUUUAACCCUCCCAAAGACCAGAAAUCUGUCAAGUUUCACUUGCCUGAGGAUGAUGGAAGUGAUGAUGAGUUUGACUAUGAGUUUGACGAUGAAUUUGAUGAUGAGUUCGAUGAUGAUGAGGAUGACGAUUUUGAUGAUGAGGGAUUUGGUCAUGGUCAUGGUCAUGGACAAAUGCAAAACAAGAUGGUGGCUAUGAUGGGAAAAGGCCAUGGAGGGCCAAAUGUUAUGAUGAAUGGCCAUGCCGUGAAUGGUAAAAAAGGAGGAGGUGGUGGUGGUGGUGGGGAUAAUGGCAGGAAAGGGGUAGCUAUUGACAUGCCUAUGGUGAUGAAAGGCAUGGGGGAGAACAAAGAAGGGAAGCAUGGUAAUGGAGGAAAGAAAGGAGGAGGUGAAAAGAGCAGCAAAGGAGGGAAAGGAGGAGAUAAACGUGGUGGUAAAAAAGGGGGUGAAGGAGGAGGUUUACUUGGGUUUUUCAAGAAGGAUAAAGGUGGAAAAGAUUCUGGUGCUCAUAGUAAAAAGGAUAAAAAUGAAUGGGAUGAUGAUGAUGAUGAUUAUGUUAAUAACAAAGGCUCUUCUCACAAUGGAAAGGGAAGCCAUGGUGGUGGUGGUGGAAACAAUAAUGGCAAUGGAGCUAAAAAAGGUGGGGGCAAAAAUGGUGGUGGAGGGAGCCAUCAGGAGAUGAUGAACAAAAUCAAAAGUGGUGGGUUUCAAGACAUUGAUGUUAUUAAUCAUGGCAAAGGAGGUGGGGGUGGUGCCACCGGUCAUGGCCACCACGGACACGGAGGCGGUGGUGGAGGAAAGAAUAUAGGGCAAAUGGGUUUUAACAUGGGCCAAAUGGGAAACUACCCAAUGAACCAGAUGGGUAAUUUUGCUGCAGUACAAGGACUACCAGCUCCAGCACCAGCACCAGCACCAGCAGCAAUGAAUAAUGGUGGUGGGUAUUAUCAAGGGAUGGGGCCAGGAAAUCCCUAUAAUCAGCAUCAAUAUAUGGCCAUGAUGAUGAAUCAACAGAGAGCAAAUGGGGGGAUGUAUCAGCCAAUGAUGUAUGCACAACCAUAUCCCCAACCAAGCUAUGGCCCUCCCCCAAUGCAUCCACCGCACUCUGAAUCUUAUGCUCAUUACUUUAGUGAUGAAAAUGCAAACAGCUGCGGUAUCAUGUGAAAUUUUUCCCAUAUUAGUGAUGUUUUCCUUAUUUUACAAAAGCUUGAUAGGGAAAUGUUUAGUUUUCCCUUUAGUCAAAAUCCCCCAAACCCUCUCUUUGAAGCCUAUGGAGUGAGGCCACUAUGUAGUAGAAGAACAAUGUACGUAAAGUUUGAGGGAUAUAUGAUGAAAAUAUAUAGUUUUUAGUUACUUUUUUUUCUCAAAA